AUGCUAGAGCCUGACCUGUGUUCCUCUCGGGUCUUAUUGCCUUUUCGUGAUGAAAGUGGUGAUGAAGAUCUCUCUGUUCUUCCUAGGCACACCAAAGUUAUAGUGACAGGAAAUAACAGAACGAAGUCUGUUUUGGUGGGUCUGCAAGGCGUUGUCAAGAAAGCUGUUGGACUUGGUGGUUGGCAUUGGCUGGUCUUAAAGAAUGGGGAUGAAGUGAAGCUGCAAAGGAAUGCUUUGAGUGUGCUGGAACCUCCAACUGGGAAUGAAGAUGACGAAGAUUACGAUUUUGAUAUCUCUAGCAGUGGCUCUGACAUUUGUGAAAAGGACAACGAUUACACCACUGGCUUUGAGUUCAGCAAACUGAGCAAGGCUAGAGUUCGGUAUACAAAGCCAUGGUUUCCGUCUGCAUCAGCAAAGCCCAUGAAUCGCAUCAAUUGCAAAGAAGUUCAGUCUAGCUUUCGCAAACCUCAACUGAGAGUGAACUUGGCAAAACUAGGGACAAGCACAUUGUGGAGAUAUUGGAGAAGCUUUAACCUCGGAACCAUUUGUCCUCAUCCUACGAAGGAACAAAUGGUUAAUGCUGUUGAGCAUCAUUUCACUUCACUGAAACUGGACGAGGUACAAGUGGUCGUGGAAUUCAUCCGUGCAGCCAAGAGACUUAAAUCAGUUCCUUCACAUUGAGAGUGAUAAGAGAAAAUUGGAUGGUGGCGUUUGUAUAAUACAUAAUUUACGUAUAUGAACCCUAACCCUUUAGUUUAGCUCUAAUUAUAGGCUGCUAAUGGAGAUUGGGACCUGGUUUUUCAGCCAUAUUCCAAAUCUCCCGGAUCCUAACUUUGUCAUAUGAGGCAAUGACCCAGUUUAUAUUAUGACCCUAGUUUGAUAUCUUGUACAUGUCCAUUGUUAUCAUAACGUUGCAAGCUACUCAAUUUGAUCCGUUCAGUCACAAUUUGGACUGGACAAUGCUACCGGGAUUGUUGAGGCCCCCUGAAGGCAUGGGACUCGGUUGUGGGCGUCUGUGACCAAUAAUUCCUGAUUCUUUUGCCUUUUCUACAUUUUUGAAAUGUCCGGGUGUUAUGUCUGCUGUCUGAAAUUCUGGAAU